GCAGCUGCUGUGUCAGAUUUCUACAUCCCUGCAGCAGAGAUGCCUGAGCACAAGAUCCAAUCCUCUGAGGGGCCCCUGCAGAUCACCAUGAGGAUGGUGCCUAAGAUGCUGUCCCCUCUGGUCAAGGACUGGGCCCCUGAGGCCUUUGUUAUCUCCUUCAAGCUGGAGACAGACCCGCUGAUCCUCCUGGCCAAGUCACGGCAGGCGCUGGAGAAGUACCGGCACCAGGCCGUGGUGGCCAACGUGCUGGAGUCACGCAGGACCUCUGUCAUCAUCGUCACCAGGGACUCCCACACCCCCCUGAGCCUCUCCCAGGAGGAGAUAGCACAGGGCAUGGAAAUAGAGGAGAAGAUAGUGAGCUACCUGCAGGAGCAGCACACUGCCUUCAUGGAGAGGAAAGGCUGA